UGUCCCGCUACAAGGCCUGGAUCAACAUGAUGGUCAACCCGGAAUACGUCCAUUUCGUCUCUGCAGGUGUGGACCCAGACAGCAACGUCACAUGUCCCGGGCUUGAUGACAUCACUACAACGACACCCAAUCAACAGACAACGUCCACGCCGCUGGUGUGUGGUAGAGCCCCCCUGAACACCAGAGUAGGUGGAGGUGGAGUUGCCCCAGCAGGAAGUUGGCCCUGGCAGGCUAGUCUUCACCGGUCAGGAACUCACUUCUGUGGAGGAUCCCUCAUCAACCCACAGUGGAUCAUGACUGCAGCCCACUGCUUCCCCGGGACGGUCUACACUGGUGUAACAGCGUACCUCGGUCGUCAGAACCAGCAAGGCAGCAAUCUCAACGAACAACUGAGGAGUGUGUUUAUGGUCAUGAAGCAUCCAGACUAUAAGGAGAGGACAAGAGAAAACGACAUUGCCCUGUUACUUCUGGCUGCCCCACUCGACUUCAACAACUUCAUCAGUCCUGUGUGUCUAGCUGCCAAUGAGAGCGCUUUCCAAAAUGGCACCCAAAGUUGGGCCUCUGGCUGGGGAGACAACGGAGAAGGAGUGCCUCUGCCUGCUCCCGGGGCCCUGCGGGAUGCAGUGCCCCCUGUGGUUGGAAACAGGCAGUGCGACUGCCUGAGGCAGGACCUGAACAUCACAGACAACAUGAUGUGUGCUUCUAGUGAGGACGGAGGCACCUGCCAGAGAGACCCUGGCGGUCCGCUGGUCAGCAGGCAGGGCUCGGCGUGGGUCCAGGCAGGUGUGCUCACCUCUGGGAGUGGCUGUGGACGCAGUCCGGGGGUCUACACCAGGGUAUCCCGCUACCAGAGCUGGAUCCUCUCAACAAUUACUGACAACCAACCUGAGUUUGUGCGCUUCUCUUCCAACGGGGCUGACGCUGACAGCAUCUUCAACUGUUUUGGAAUCACAACAACAGAAAUUACAACAUCAACAGCUCCCCUGACAGCAACAGAACUCACAACAUCCACAACUCCUGAUACAACAACAGAACUCACAACAUCAACAGCUCCUGAUACGACAACAGAACCCACAACAUCAACAACUCCCCUGACAACAGCAGAACUCACAACAUCAACAGCUCCUGAUACGACAACAGAACUUUCAACAUCAACAGCUCCUGAUACAUCAACAGAACUCACAACAUCAACAGUUCCUGAUACGACAACACAACUCACAACAUCAACAGCUCCUGAUACAUCAACAGAACUCACAACAUCAACGGUUCUGAUCAUUUAA